AUGAUACUCACGUGGACUCUUCUCCCAGUCGUGGCCUUGGCUUGGCUGGCUCUCUAUAUCUGGCAAUGCUGGACAUCACCCGUGUCCAAGGUGCCUGGCACAACUCUCUCUCGGUUCACCUCAGCUCCUCUCCGCUGGCACGAGUUCCGUGCCAACCGAACUCUGUACAUCCACUCUUUGCAUCUCAAGUAUGGUCCUGUUGUCCGCUUGGCGCCUGGUGAGCUGUCGUUCACCUCAUAUGAGGCAGUCAAGGAGAUCUACGGAUCUUUUGGCAGUGGCUACGACAAGACCAAGUUUUACAACAUGUUCCGAGUCUUCGGUCGCAGAACGAUGUUUUCGACACUUGAGAAAAAUGACGUCCGUGGUUUCUUAUCCCUGCAGUGGUCAUCAGCUUACGUUAAACAGCAUGCAAAGAGGAAACGGAUCAUCGCCGAUAGAUAUGCCAAUAGCAACGUCGUGAAGCCAGCAGCUGUCAGUGGCAUCGAGAGCCGAGCACUCGAAUUCACUCGCCAGUGUGAGGAAGCAUCUGGCUCCAGCGUGGAUAUCUAUAUGAAACUGCAUUCGUAUGCAUGUGAUGGUAUUACUCACAACCUAUUUCAUCCUUUUGGCAGCAAUUGCUUGCAGAAUGAGGAGGACAGAAUCAUGAUGCACCAAGCAACCAAUGACAACAGUCUUCAAAAUCGACUUCUCCAGCAUCACUACCCAAUCAUCUACACGUACAUAUCCAAGAUCAUCGAUUUAUUUCUGGAACCGCGUGCCACGCCGCUCGCCAACGCAUUUAUCAACGAGAAGAGUAACGCAACGGAUCCAGCGCCCUUCACUCUUCUCAGCCGACUUCAGGAAAAGAUCGGGUCCGACUUGGAUGUGACUGACAUCGCCGCAGAGUGCCAGGAUCACAUGGUAGCUGGCAUUGACACGACUGGCGAUGCGCUCUGCUUUCUGAUGUGGCAACUGUCUCUGCCAGAGUCAGCCCAAAUCAUGCAGGACCUCCAGAAAGAGCUCCGUACCAAUCGCGACGCCAACUUUGACAAGCUUCCAUUCCUCGACGCUGUCGUCCAAGAAGGCCUGCGCUGCUUCCCCGCCAUUCCCAUGUCUCUCCCUCGCCAUGUACCUCAAGAUGGGAGAAACAUCGACGGGUAUUUCAUCCCGCAAGGCACAAUCGUCAGCAGCCAGGCGUACUCUGUAAACAGACACAAUUUCGACGUAUUCCCUGACCCAGACCGAUUUAACCCCUAUCGAUGGCUGGAGCCAGAGGGAGACGCGGAGAGAAGGCGACUCAUGUUCUCCUUCUCUCACGGUGGGAGGGGAUGUGUUGGCAAGCAUCUGGCGUUCUUGGAGAUGAAGCUUCUCCUCCGACAUGUCUAUGUCAAGUUCACAACAGUUCCGGACCCCGCCACGACUCGCGAAUCCAUGGUUUUCCAUGACCAGAUUAUUUCCUCAAGGCCUCUGGGUCAGAAUUGUCUUCUCAAAUUCGUACCAAUCGCAGAGGACUAG